GUGAACUCAGUGGGUACCUAUUUACGGAGUAGGUAGGUACGUGUUACGGAUAAAGUAAAAUAUUAUAAUCUUAUUUCUUUAUCACACUUCACAGUGUAUGUUAGUUUCAAAGUUCAGAAAUCACAAUGUUUAUUGUGGGCCUUACUGGUGGAAUAUCAACUGGAAAAAGUACAGUUUUAUCGAUUUUCCGUGAAAAUGGCGUGGCUGUCAUAGAUGCUGACCAGGUAGCACGUAAAGUGUUAGAACCUGGAACAAGGGCGUGGAGAGAGGUUAGAAACCACUUUGGUGAUGAAGUACUGUGGCCCAAUGGGAAAAUGAAUCGGGUGAAGCUUGGAGAAAUUAUAUUUAGUAACAAAAAGAAGAGAACAAAACUGAAUUCUAUCACUCACCCAAAGAUUCAACAUGAAAUGAUGAAAAUGGCAUUAAAAUGUUUCAUCUCUGGCCACAGUUACAUAAUCAUGGAAGUGCCAUUGCUCUUUGAAACAGGAAGAAUGUUAGCAUUUAUGCACAAAGUCAUCACUGUAGUUUGUGAUGAUGAUCAACAGUUGGAGAGGCUGCGAAAUCGUAAUGAAGUAACAGAAGCGAGGGCCAUACAAAGAAUCAAAUGUCAGAUGCCACUUGACCAGAAAAUUGCGAUGUCUGACUUUGUAAUUGACAAUUCAGGAGACAUUGAAGAUACUAGAGAACAAACCGAAGAUAUAAUACGAGUAUUGAACAUGUCAAAGUUUACAUGGUAUUUCAGAAUCGUUUCAUUUUUCGCGUUCUUCUCUAUUCUAAUUGGACUUACCCAUCUAACUAUUGCUUUAUAUAAGAAAUAAAUGUAUGCAAUAAAUAAUAAAAGCUUGGAA